AUGCACGCGACAGCGCUUUUUAUUGGCGCUCGUGUAAGAAGGGCGCCUCGCGAGGUCCCCGGCCGAGGGUUGCACGCGGGGCCAACCCUUCAUCAACCCUUUUCUACCCUAAGUAUCUCCGGAGCCCAAGAUCUAAUACCAAUUAAAUUAAUAUGGGACUACAUCAAAAUCAACACAGUGGAAAGUUCUGAGGCUGAACAUAAAGUUCGUUCUCAACCGGCUCCAUUGUUGAAGAAAGCGUCGCUAAGCGUCGGCCGGUGGCGCGUUGCCAACUCCGCCAUGGAAGCGGUCCCGCGAGGCGCCGAGAUUUCCGGCCGCUCCUCCCGCGCCGCCUGCGACGCCAUUAAUCAUACACAAAUUGUUGCGCCCGCCGGGACGCGCUGUCUCCCGACGUCCGCCGGCAAAGAUCGCGUGCCCCGCCGAGGGACCGCCUUUUUUGCAGGCAUCCGUCGACGGAACGUGGCCGAAGCCGAACAAGCUUUUAAAAAUGAUAGAGCG